AACAAACAAAACGUUAUGAACUUUGUGCGGAUGAAGGUUGCGCCAAUUGAAUGCAAAAGAGUGCACAAUUUAAACAAGACCGUGUGAGAGCGACCUUCUCACGAGGGGGGAGGGAUCGUACUCCGUGUACAGUCGUGCGACUUUCUGGAGUAGUCUCCACCAUCUCAUCUUCCUCAUCUCUUUUUCCUCAUCCCUUCCUCAUCUCCUUCAUUCUUCCAUAAACCCCAACUCAGUCGGACACUCAACCCAGCAAGCCAGUCAGCCGGUCAAAGCAACAUACCACAAGAGUACAGCCAAGCAAUGUCGUCCUCACUCAAGAUCCAGGCGCUUUCGUCUACGAAUCGUCCGGGGGUAGCCCAGUUGCUCUUCGACACCCACAUGCGAUCCGUCCCUGCCUCCUUCAAUUUCCUCAAGCUCCGUCCCAUGGCCCUAAUCCUCUGGACCGCGAUCUCGACCGCGAUCUUCAAGUUCCGUCAAACACAUCUUCAGAACUAUAGCGAGGUCCUCACGAUCUUGGCGGGGUCCGUUAUUUUGGCUCAGGCGAUUUUGUUCUUGACAUUGCUUUACGAGGCCUCGACCGCGGCCUCCGGACCCGAGGUCGUGGGAAGAUUAGAUGCCUUUGGAGAUCAGGAUCAGGAACAAGUGCAGGAUCAGGGACAGCAGCAGAAGGAUGGGACUUCCGCCACUGCAACCGCCGCGAAGGCGUCGUCAGGGUCUCUCAAGAAGCGAUCCACAGAACCCUCGGGCUCCAAUGUCCCCUCCUCCUCCCCAUCAGCAUCAUCCGCAUCAGCGAACAACAGCAACAGCAGUAGCAACAAGGAGGAUAACAGGUUCUGGGUCCUGGAGCAAAAUAACGGCCCCGUGAUCGGAUGCAUCGGCGCCUUGGUCGACAAAAGAUCGAACGAGGCCCGUCUUGUGAACUGGGCGGUUCAGGAGCCGCACCAGCGUAACGGAUGUGGAACCUUGCUUCUCAAGACUGCGAUGGAUCAGCUGAGUGGAAAUCCCUCCGCCGGCACGACGACCAGCAGCGCCAGCUUCAUAAAGAAGAACAAGGUACAGACGGUCAAGGUCGUGCUGCAGGGUUCGCAGGUCCCGGCGUUGAGAUUGUUUUAUAAAUUCGGGUUCAAACAGGUAGACAGGAUGCCAGAGUGGAUGGGCGAGAGGGUCGAGUUGGAGAUAGCGACCAAGGAUUGGGUCAAGAACCAGAGCAGCAAGUAAUACAUAUGUAGACGGGUACGAUGUAUCAAUUAAUUAUGGGUGCAUGAAUGGCCACAAGAAGCCUAGAGGCAACAAUACAUCUUGCAUCGACUUCGCCCAG